AAUGUGUUGUAUUGCUCAAUGUUGCAUCAAGUUUAUUUCAUCAUGAACUUGUGACUGAAUGUUUUUGUACUUCACCUUUGUCUUAGUUGUACUCUAACCUUUACACACCUCUUGCAUCAUGUAAUUUAAUGUGGAACAGUUGUCGUUUCUGAUUAUACACCUGUAAGAUAAUCGGUCAUGUAUGCACAGUCAUUCAGUCGUUUAUCAUAUCUCUCCUUCUGCAGCAAACCAGCACUUGGGAACUAUUGUGAACUUUGAGGAAUUCCCUUUGGGAAAGGGAAGGAAAUGGGAAUAGGGUGUGCUUUCCUUCUUUUCCGCUUGCCCUUGUUUUUGUCUUGGAAUGAAUCUGUCACCAUGUGGACGACUCUUAUGAAGUUAGACCUGACCUCUGUAUGCCUGGCUUUGUUUCUGGGCUUGAUCUUUAUGGUUCUGUUUGAGAUCUUGAGGAUUAAUUCCAACAGAGAUCAAAUUCCUCCUGGUCCCAGACCUCUGCCUUUCAUAGGAAUUUUACCACAUUUAGCAAAGAAACCAAUGGAGUUCAUAAGAACAGUGUCUCAGUAUGGAGAGAUUUCUACUUUGUAUAUCGGUAGGAAGCCAACAAUAGUCCUAAAUACUAUCCAGGUCACUAAGGAAGCAUUGGUUCAGGAAGCUUUUUCUGGAAGACCAUCUAUGCCUCUUAUAGAAUGGAUAACUAAUGGACUUGGUAUUAUAAUGGUCACGUUCGGUCACUCCUGGAGGCAGCAGAGACGCUUUGCUCUGCACACGCUCAGGAAUUUUGGCCUGGGGAAGAAAUCAGUAGAAGAUCGUGUGAUAGAGGAAAGCCGCUAUCUGAUUGCUGAAAUGCUGAAAGCAGAAGGCAAGCCUAUGAACCCCCAACAUGCCAUACAGAAUGCGGUUUCUAAUAUUAUCUGUUCCAUCGUGUUUGGAGAUCGCUUUGACUAUGAUAACAAACGCUUCUCAUACCUUCUAAAAAUCCUGAAUGAGAACUUCAUGCUCGUAGGGUCACCUGUGGGACAGAUUUUCAACUUAGCCCCCUUCAUCAAGCAUUUCCCUGGACCACACCAGAAGGUCAUGCGGAACGCCACUGAGUUAUUGGGUUUUAUUCAAGACGAAGUAAAAGAGCACAAGGAAACUCUGGAUCCAGACAGCCCGCGAGACUUCAUUGAUGCCUACCUGCUGGAGAUCGAGAAACAAAAGUCCAACAAGGACUCCACGUUUCAUGAGGAGAACAUGGUUAUGUCAACAGCUGACCUGUUUUUGGCUGGAACCGACACAACAUCGACCACCAUCAGAUGGGGGCUCAUCUUCUUGAUUCAAAACCCAGAUGUACAAGAGCGAUGUCAUGAGGAGAUUGUUCGGGUGCUGGGUUACGACCGUUUGCCCAGUAUGGAUGACCGUGACAAACUACCGUACACGUACGCCACUGUUCACGAGAUUCAGCGCUGUGCCAACAUUGUACCUUUAGGCGUGAUUCAUGAAACGAUUCGGCCCACAAAAUUACAAGGAUACGACAUCCCCCAGGGAACUAUGAUCAUGUCAAACCUAGAUGCAAUUCUCAGUAAUAAGAAGCACUGGAAACAUCCCAAAGCCUUUAACCCGGAGAAUUUCUUGGAUGAGAACGGGAACUUCUGCAAACCAGAGUCUUUCAUCGCCUUCUCACUGGGUCCGAGGGUUUGUCUCGGGGAGACUCUGGCGAGGACGGAGCUCUUCUUGUACAUCACGUCUCUCCUACAGCGGAUUCAUUUCUCCUGGCCGCCUGAGCCACAGUCCAUAGACAUGGAUGGGAUCAUGGGUAUCGUCCGCUAUCCUCAGACCUACAAUGUUGUCUGCCGCAGCAGAGAUACUAAGGAUUACUGUGAUGCCUACCUGCUGGAGAUGGAGAAACAAAAGUCCAAUGAGGACUCCACGUUUAAUGAGGAGAACAUGACUAUGUCAACACUUGACCUGUUUCUGGCUGGAACCGACACCACAGCGAACACCAUCAGAUGGGGGCUCAUCUUCUUGAUUCAGAACCCAGAUGUACAAGAGCAAUGUCACAAGGAGAUUGUUCGGGUUUUGGGUUACGACCGCUUGCCCAGCAUGGAUGAUCGUGACAAACUACCGUACACGUACGCCACUGUUCAUGAGAUUCAGCGCUGUGCCAACAUUGUACCUCUUGGAGUGACUCAUGAGACGACUCAGCCCGUAAAACUACGAGGAUACGACAUUCCCAAGGGAACUAUGGUCAUGACAAACCUAGCAGCAAUUUUCAGUGAUAAGAAGCACUGGAAACAUCCCGAUGCUUUUAAUCCAGGGAAUUUCUUGGAUGAGAACGGGAACUUCUGCAAACCAGAGUCUUUCAUUGCCUUCUCACUGGGUCCGAGGGUCUGUCUUGGGGAAACGCUGGCGAGGACGGAGCUCUUCUUGUACAUCACGUCUCUCCUACAGCGGAUUCAAUUCUCCUGGCCGCCCGAGCCACAGUCCAUAGAUAUGGAUACGAUCAUGGGUGUUUUUCACUUUCCUCAGAGUUUCAACAUUGUCUGCUGUAGCAGAGAUACUAAAGAGUGACCAUCAGUAACAUGAAACAUCACACAGACAUCAAGACAUUUCUGUAAAAAAAAACCAAACAAACAAAAAAAAGUUUUCCAGUUUUUCACUUGACAUUAAUGUAUGAUAACAGUUUUGAAUAUUUAAACACAACUAUAUUUUUGUGUUCAUGUAAUCAAAAAUUACAUUCAAAUUUUUGACAAUUUUUAUUAUAAUCGUUUUAUUACAAAUGCAUGUAUUUUGUUGUAUAAUAAAGUGUGUGCACAUGUAGUUUUAUUAGAUUUGAAUAGCAAAACUUUUACUUUUAAAAUGCAA